AUGUCAUCAAAUGAUAUCCGAUUUUAUCGUGUACGUGGUACACAUUAUGAAUGUGCUCGAAAAAUUGGUAUUGCAUGUCGAGAAUUAAUUAAAAAACGUAUUGAAAAUGAUCGAAUCUAUUUAACACCAAUGUUCGAUUUCGUUCGAACGUCGGAUGGUGUUAAAUUACAUCAAGGUUUUAUUGAAAUUAUUCGUAAAAUAUUUCCAUGGUAUUGGGAUGAAAUUUGUGGUCUUGUUGAUGGUUGUGAAAUUCCAUUAGAACAAAUACUUGUACUCAAUUUUGAAAAUGAAACUCAAACAGCUUAUCGUCUUUAUGAAGCAAAAAAUGCAAAUCAUCAACAAGAAGAUGAAGAGAAUGAUGCAAAAGGUUGUAGUACUGUAUUGAUCAAUCGACUUGAUACAAAUACACUUUCAUUAGUACAUAAUGAAGAUAAUACAGCUGGUCUCUAUGACGCUGGUUAUCUCAUUGAAGCUGAUAUUAAAUCAAGUUCAUACGAUAAUGGUACUAGACAUAGUCCUAAUGAGCGUUUUAUUGCUUAUUGUUAUGCUGGUGUCAUACCCGGUAUUGCAUUUGGUGUAAAUAUGCAUGGUUUUGCUUAUACGUUGAAUGCUCUCUAUCCAAAUUUUGUUGGACAAAAUCGUAUUCCAAGAUUAAUUAUUAAUCGAGCUCUGCUUUCAAUCACCGAUGAAAAUCAAUUAGAUGAAUUAAUUCGUACAGUACCAAUUGCUUAUGCAUUUUGUAUUAAUUGUGCAUUUUUUCGUGUACAUAAUCAAGAUAAAUGUUAUUUGAUUAAUUAUGAAUUAGGACCAAGAUUGAAUAGUGAGAAAAAUUUUAUUAGUAAAUGUCUUAUUCUCAAUAAUGAACAAUAUCAAGAAAUAAAUGGUACAACAUGUAUUGUUUUAAAUUAUCUUAAUCAUUUCAAUCACUAUGAACGAUCUGGUGGAUCAAUUGUUGAACGAGAACCACUUUUAUGGAGUCGAAAUCGUGCUCGACGUGCACUUGAAAUUGGUGAAAUAUGUACUGUUAAAGACGCAUUGGAUCUAUUAGGUGAUACAACCGACGAAAAGUAUCCAAUUUUCUUCGUAGGUGGAACAACUGAAAUCAAUUUAGCAACACUUUGUACAGCUCAUUUUAAUUUUCAUACUCGUCAACUUAGUAUCUAUCGAGACAAUCCAAAAGAUAAUAGUGAACCACAGUUAGUAUACAAUCUUGAUGAUUUAUUAAAAAAUGAAUUCAUUACCAAUAUAUAA